UAGUCUGCAGCGCGCUCAAUUGGGGUUGUGAUCGUGAUGAGUGGAAUAUUUUUCGACUCCAUCCUGGCAUUUUCGGUGAUGCGCAUUUAAAUGAUAGCUCGAAGCACGGACUCGUUUUUUAGGGGAUUAUGUAGUCCAAAUUUAAAGUGCAGGAAAAUUCCUGAGCAUGAAGUUUGAACUCAACAUAUUCUCUACUUUUCCAAAACGGCAUGAUAAAAAAUCACCGAACCAGCCUAUCCCAUUGUGCUAUUGAAACUGAGAUACUGCUCAAAUUGCUACACUGGACUCUACUUUUACAAAUUUUUACAAGUUUUGACAAGUUUCAUGUUAACGGUAUUUUUCUUCGGCAGCGCCUCCGUUUCAAUUCUCGGGAGAAAAGGCGGCAUGCAAGUUUUAUCUGUGUUCUAUAGAGAGUUUCAGAAAAAAACGGUCCUGCAUGAGUUGGGACAUGUCUUAGGUUUGGAGGAUGAACACCGCCGCCCGGAUCGGGAUCACUACGUCGGGGUCAUUUGGGACAACCUUGAAGCGGGAUCGCGCGAUGAUUUCGAGGUAGCCAACAGAGAAAACACGAAUUUAUUGGGAGAGCCUUUUGAUUAUGACUCUAUUAUGAUGUAUCAUGACACUGCUGAUUCCAAAGUACGUUUCGCGCAGUUAGUAAAUCAGUCGGUUGAUCGUAAGAAGUUUAAAACCUUGGUGUCGAAAACGGAACGUGCUGUUCCUACGAAACCGCCCUCUCAACUGUCUCUUGGUGACUUUAGAAGAAUCAACGACCUUUACCGGUGUGAGGGAACAUUUCAAAAGCCAAGACUCCCAUUUGAUGUUGUUUGUUCCUUUGACCUUAACGACUGCGGUUUCAAGGGGUUGUCGCGCCAUGAAUAUGAUGACAAAAAUUGGAAGUGGCAUGAAAGGACACGGAGACGAUUAAAAACAGAGCCCGAGGGAGGAUGCCUAAUUUGGUCUGCAAACUCUGUUGAAAAAAUGACAACCGUGGAUCAUAUCUGGAGCGUCGGUUUCUAUGGCACAAGCCCUAACCAUAGCAUCCGCGGACAAGAGGGAUGUGUCACAUUCAAGUACUCGUUCAAAACUGGUGGGAAGGGACGUCAUACACUUGAAUUGAAGAAGGUGGAGCUGGAGUCACCUUUGGAUUCUAGAUUUCUCGAUUACAGCGCGAAAUCUUCCUCUGAAAUUUGGUCCGAUGGUGUCGAAUAUCGUCGUCGACUCUUUAAAAAAUCAACGGAUACUAAAUGGACUCAAGUCACGAUCCCUGUGAACGUUUUAAAUCCAUUUUUGCUCGAUUUUGCUUCAAUUUUGGAGGAAGGGGUCGGCGAGCAUUGGGUGAAAAUUGACGACUUCGAAGUUCGAUACAAGCCAUGCGCGGACUUGAAUGUGAACCGGUCGGAUUCAAAGAGAUCCGACACGAACCUGAACCGGUUGGACUCGCAGAGAUCUGACACGAACUUGAGCCGAAGCAAUUCUCAGAGGAAAUCCAAUUGGUUCAAGAGUUGCUUUUCCAGCACCAAAUUAAGAUGGUUCUCUAGGAAGCCUUCGAGAUCCGCCAAAGUGACGCCUUCGAUUUCAAGUCUGGCGUCUUCCUCCAUCUCACAAGGAAAAUCAUUAAAUAAUGUGCAUUCAUCGUUUGAUGUGGAGAACCGUAAUAAAUCCCCCCGCCGAAGAACUUAGAGAGAGUCGAGCUAUGUUCUUGCACAGUGUGCAAACCUUGAUUGUGGUCAAGGUUCGAUAGAGUGAAUAAAUAGUAAGAAUACAACCAAGGCAAAUAUUGUAGAAAAAAUCAGUUGACAGUAUGUUUCAAGCUAAUUGUCUGCAAAUUUUCUCUACUAACAAAACUUAAAAGUCGAGAGCAUUUAUUAAUCACUAUUGUAAUUUUAAAUGUAAAUAGACGUUGAUAUCUAUGAAAGAAUAUAACUGCAAA